CCCCUCGCCCCGCCCACUUCCGGCGUGAGGCUCUUCCGGGGGUGGGGUGCAGCCUGCCGAGCCCCGCCGCGGAGGUGGACAGUGUCCGCCUGACGUCCGACCCACCCGGCCGAGGGGCUGCGGCCAGCAUGGCGUCCGGCGGCGCUCCCGGGCUGACGCGGCGCUGGCGGCUGCUCCUCAGCGGCGCCGCGCUCUUCCUGCUGCUGCUUUCGGCGGCCGCGGCGCAGGAGUCGUCCGGGGCGGCUUGCUCCCAGAACACAAACAGAACUUGUGAGGAGUGCCUGAAAAAUGUCUCUUGUCUGUGGUGCCACACCAGCAAGGCGUGCUUGGACUACCCCGUGAGCAGGAUCCUGCCGCCCAGCUCCCUCUGUAAGCUGAGCUCCGCACGCUGGGGCGUGUGCUGGGUGAACUUCGAGGCGCUGAUCAUCACGUUGUCGGUGGUGGGGGGAGCUGUGCUCCUGGCCGUGGCCGUGUGCUGCGCCUGCUGCUGCUGCCGCGGGAAGAGGAGCCGCAAGCCGGAUAAGAGCGAGGAGAGGGCGGCGCGGGAGCGCGAGGAGCGCCGGAUCCGGCAGGAGGAGAGGAGAGCGGAGAUGAAAUCAAGACACGAUGAAAUCAGAAAAAAAUACGGUUUGUUUAAAGAAGAAAACCCGUAUGCCCGGUUCGAGAACAACUGAGAGCACCGCCCGCCCCACCCCUGCCGAGGACACAGCACAUGGCCGCCCGCGCCCGAGAGCUUCUGUCCUCUUCUCUGUAUCUGUCCUCAGUCACUUGAGACACUAAGCCUGUCGGGGG